GAAAAGGGUGUUGACCACCAAAAGAGGCUCAAUGUUGAGAGGAUAAGCUGCUGAUUGAAGUGGACUAGCAAUAUACAGGGGAAGUGAAAAUGCCUUACCUGCUCAUGUUUGUCACCCUGCUGCAUCUCAUCACCCUGGCAAUGUUGUUCAUUGCAACCAUGGAGAAGUCCUGGUGGGUGUGGGACGGCUCCAAAAACUCAGACCUAUGGUACAACUGCUGGUUUGAUAACUCCACAGGAACCUGGUUGUGUUCAUCCACCAAAGAAACAGAGUGGCUUCAGGCGGUGCAGGUCCUCAUGAUUCUCUCAGUGGUCUUUUCCUCAGUCUCCUUCUUGGUGUUUCUGGGCCAGUUGUUCACUAUGUCUAAGGGGGGACUCUUCUACUUCACUGGACUGUGUCAAGUCUUUGGAGGUCUGACAGCCUUUACUGCAGCUCUUAUUUAUACACUCCACCAAAAGGAAAUCCUUGGAGACUCCAAAGACCUGACAUCUGGACACUUUGGCUACUGCUUCAUCCUGGCCUGGGUGUGUGUCCCUUUGUUGUUCUGCAGCGGUGUCAUAUACAUCCACCUGCGUAAGAAAGAGUGACCAAAGGAGACAAAUCGAUUAACAUGACUUCAAUUUGUAAGAAAAUUAAGUUUAGCAAAAAUACCAAAGCUUGUGUUUUAUGAUGAACUGUAAUCUCAGGCUUCUUCUAUAAUAAUUAUCGUUUUCAUCUGUAUAUAUGUGUUCAGGAAAAACAAAUGUGGAAACAUAACAGGUUAUAUCUUAACCAUGGAAAAUUAGAUCAGUGUUAUUAUGCUCACCUUUACUGUAGGACAUGUCAUAGUUUUUUGCUGCCUGCUGUAGUCAUGUGUAACCAAGAAAGACAGUGAAGAAAUUUUGUAUACUUUUUUGUUGUUUUUUUAUUAAAGGAUACUUUUUUUUAACAA